AUGAACAAUAUCAUCAAGUACGGAUCAAUAGGAGCGAUACCGCUGUACGAUUGCAGGUGAGAAUGCAAAAAGAAAAGCGCUUUGUGAGUCGUUUUCCAGCGCUCAUACCCCCGAAGAAUGGUCCGCAAAGGAUGGAGUUCGUCGUCCGAUCGCCGGAUCCAUUGACAUGGCGUACGGAAUUAUUAUGAAUGUAAGCUAUUCAAAGACUCGUUGAAAAACGUUCUAAUCAUAUCCAGACCAUGUACCUUCCAAUAUUGGCGGUGAUGUUUGAGAAGGAGAACUUCAAAAUGUCCUGCUUCAAAAUCAUGAUAUUCCUCGGAAUCGUGGACAUGCUCGCACUCGGGGUCAACUCCAUCAUCACUGGCUGGUUGGCCUAUCAAGGCGCCGUCUUCUGCUCGUAUCCCUACUUUAUCUACAUCGUCGGAAUGGCCGGAUUGGGUCUUUGGUGCUGCUCGUGCAUCAUCGCAAUGAGUCUGGUCAUCAACCGACUUCUUGAUCUGUCCAGAGAAUCCUUAUGCAAGUUCUUAUUCGAAGGAAACAGAACCUAUCUCGUACUCACUCUCCCCAUCGUUUACGGCUCUUACUUUGUGUUCUUCACCACUCCAAUCGCGUUUUCUUCAAAGUACCUCACUUGGUUUUUCGAUCCACUCAUCUUUGAAAACAAAACCCAUGAGGUUAGUCUUACUGUGCUUUUCUUCUGAACACGCUCUUGUCUUCCAGUACACCAACCUCCCACACGGCUUCAACAACCUCCUGGUCGUGGCUGUCACUUGCCUCCUCUACGCAUCACUUUGCUGUGUUCUUGGAGAAAAGUUCCGAGAAAUGGAGGGACCGACUAAGUCCCAGACCUUGGUAGGAUCGUCGAUGUCCUUCACAAACAGCACAGUUCCUCUCAGAGUACUCAAAUUUUCUUCCAAUCCGCGCUCAUUUGUGCAGUCAACCAGAUCGCUUCUGUCAUCUACGUCAUCAUGAAUUUCAUCGAAGUGCCCCUCUGGCUCAUAAUGCUUGGCCACAUUCUCUGGCAGUGCGGACACGGCGCCCCUGUCUUCAUUUAUCUGUGCCUGAACCGCACAAUCAGAAAUGGAGUGUUACGUAGGCUCGGAUUCAAGGUAGUAGACAGAGAUAAUUCGGUCGCUCCGUGUGAGUAACAUGCUUUUGACACGAACGGAAAUAACAUGCUCGUCGACUAUAGUAAUAUAUUUUAUGUGAUUUUCUAUCAAUAACCAGUUAUCAAAGCAAAAAGAAAGGUGUAUGUACUUCCCAAAAACUCGAGUGAAACGAACGUGUUUGCAGAAGCUGAGAGUGGUCAACUUGAAGCGAGAGCUCGGAAUCGAACGACGCACAGUCAGUCAUACGACUCAUUAA